AUGACGCUGACGUCAGCAGCUCGCACCUCCCCCACGGCGAUGCGUUGCGAAGCGCGAACGAGCGGCGCCGAUCGCCCGUGCCUGCAGGCCGCCCUGGACGACGAGCCCCCCAUGCCCUGCUCCCCUGAGGCAAUGGGUGCGCACACGGGAUCACCCGGCACGCCCACCAGCAUACUCUCUCUGCCGUCGUCGAGCCGCCCGCCACGCACACGCCGGGCGCGCGCGCUUGACUCGGCGUCCGGACUGCUUGCGCGGCUCGACCAGCACGAGGCCGCGCUCACGGCGCCCGUGACGGAUGCGGCCUCUGCGCGGCGCCUCUACUACCACCAGCGCCAGUACGUACAUGCCCUGACACGCAGCGCUAUCAAUACCGGCGCUACACUCGUCGAGCUCCUUCAGCGCGAGUCGCGGCAGGCCCACGCGCGCCAGCUGCCGGAGAUGCACAGUGUGCUCCUGCGGCUCGGGUCGCGCGCGAUUGACGCGCCCCUAGCGGCGCUCGCGGCGUGGCGCAGCGACGAAGUCCACACGCCGCACGAGCGCCUGCGCAUGGCCACGCCGACCGACGGGCCCCUCGACAUGCCGGUCCGGAUGGUCGCCGACCAUCUGCUUGAGUACGCCAUCACCGAGACGUACGCGACAGUCGGCGUCCUAUGGGAAGGCGCCAGCGAGCUACGUGUGCGGCGCGCCUGCGCGAAAUGGCUCGCGCGCCUGGCGGAGCGCUACGUCGACGCCCUCGACGCGGAGAUCUCGAUGCACGAUGCAUGGCGCCCGCUGGAGCGCGAGGCAUGGCGCCUCACCGCGACGCACUGGUACAGCCGCAGCGCCGUGGACGAGCCGGACCAGGCGCGUGCGUACCUGCGCCUCGCCGCCCUGCACCGCGACGAGCCGCUCGCCGCCGCCUACUUUCUGUGCAAGAGCGUGCAGGGGGUGCACCCCGACCCUGGCGCACGCGACGCGCUGCACGCGUGGGCCCUGGGCAUCGAGCCAGCGUCGCCCCUCCUGCACAACCUCGCGCAGCUCGUCCUGCGCAGCGACAGCGCCGUGCCCCUCACCGAGGUGCCCCGGGCCGCCAUGCUCCUCGAGACCGAGUGGGCCGAGCUGGGCGUGUGCAUGAUCGGCGCCCUGCUGGAAUUUGCGCAUCCAGACGCGGCCCUGGAUGCACGCGCGCUCGCAGCGCACAGCACGCCGUCCGACGCGCGUGUCGACGCGAGCGCCAGCGCACAGACGCUGCACGCAUUUUGGCAGGACGCGGCCGCGCCGGCCGCGCCGUCGCUCGCGCCCGGCGACGUCGCG